ACUUUGCAGUUUUGCAUUGUUGACGCUUAUUGCAGGUUUGUUUGACUCUAUUCUCGAUGCCUGGGCUGCUGGUCCUGGGACCAAUCCACAUCCCCACAGUCAACACCACACGGACCUGGUCACUGCCUUUCUGCUCCUGGUGGGAACUCGCUGCUCACAAAUUGUCUGCCCCAUGUCCUGCAAACAGCGACUUAUACCUCAAUUGGAGUUAAAUGGUUUCGAGGACAUUUGCUGGUCUUGGAAAAUGUUACUUAAAUGUGAGGAUUUUUGUCGUUGACAAUGGAACCAUCCGCCAAAGGGUUAAGCCCCUGAAAUCUGUCGUGAGCUACUGGAGGGGAAGAGAGAGAGUGUGGGAGGAGUGUAGAGCGGGAGCAGUGAAAACUGGGAGUAGAGAGCUCUUUCCCAGACACUGGAAAUCUGUGUGCGACUGACUGAGGAACGUACUUCAGCCUCCCAACUUUCCUGCAACUCCGCUGGCUGGAGUCUCAGGAGGUGUGAGCCUGCAAGCUCCCAUCUCCAUCUCGGCUGCUGAGGCACAGAGCCUGGGAGAGUUUAGACCAUGUCUCUCCAGCGUCCCUGCUCCUGAUCCACACACACAGCGUGGAGGCAGCGGUUUAAUGAAGCAUCUCAUUCAGGAAUGUGCUGGAAUUAAGGUUUCAGCAGAUUGGACAUCUUGAAAGCAGAGUGAAUAUCAAGAGGAAAAUUUAAUGCAGUGAAAAUAUCUCUACGAAGUAACAUGUGGUGCCACUUAUUACGAUUACACAUUCUGUUGCUGUUGGCUGACACAAUUCUUGCUGGUGGAAAGUCGUAUUUGGGACCCUGCAAUGGGAGAGACUGCAGUGCAGGAUGUCAGUGUUUCCCAGAGAAAGGAGCCAGAGGCCGGCCAGGUGUGCCAGGACCUCAAGGACCUCAAGGACCCCCUGGGCAUCCGGGACGUCAGGGAGUUCCCGGACAUAAAGGAGCAAAAGGAGACCGAGGCAAACCUGGAUUGACUGGACAAACAGGAGACAAGGGACCAAUGGGAGUGCCUGGGUUUGCGGGCAAUGAUGGAAUACCGGGUCACCCAGGACAGCCAGGCCCCAGGGGACCUCCUGGACUUGAUGGCUGCAAUGGGACAAGAGGAGAUCCUGGCGCAGCGGGACAACCUGGAUCCCAUGGUUUGUUCGGCAUUCCUGGAGUACCGGGAAGGAAAGGACAGAAGGGAGAACCAUUCCUCGUUACAGUCGAGUCGAGGAGAUUUAGGGGGGAUCCUGGUCUCCCUGGUGUGACAGGUUUCCCGGGCGAACCGGGCAUCCCUGGAGAGAUAGGCUUCAGAGGUCCCCGAGGAGCAAUGGGCCCACAGGGUCGGCCCGGGCCUCCAGGACCUCCAGGACCCAAGGGCAAUGAUGGAAUCAGUUUCCAGGGGAGAACUGGUGACAAGGGAGAGCCAGGUUUUCCAGGUCCACCAGGAAGGACUUUUGAUGACAUCAGCCAGGUUUCUGCACCAGGGAAUUACACAGGAGAAAAGGGUGACAGAGGAGAUCAAGGAUUUGAAGGAGAAUUAGGUGGCCCUGGGGAACCGGGAGUUCCAGGUCCAAAGGGUGAGAAAGGAGAAGAAGGAAUCAUGGGCCCUCCAGGAUUAAGGGGUGCAAGUGGCUUGGAUGGACCCCCAGGUUCUGAAGGCCACAAAGGUCUCCCAGGUAUCCCAGGUUUUCCGGGGAGCCACGGUCAGCCAGGAAUGAAGGGUGACCGAGGUGACCCAGGGCUACCUGGACAGUCCAUCACUUUUACUGGAUCAAUUCCCAAAGGUCCCAAAGGCUGGCAAGGUCUAGAAGGAGACCAUGGUCCCAAAGGGGAAGUAGGCCCCCAUGGCCCUCUGGGUCCCCCUGGUCUCGCUGGUGAAACGGCUCCAUUCCGAGGUUACCCAGGAUCACCAGGAUUACCGGGUCACCCAGGACCUAAAGGUUAUAAAGGUGAUCAGGGCUUGCCAGCUGUCCAGGGCGGAUUCCCAGGAUUUCCAGGAAUAUCAGGUCCACCAGGUCCACCUGGACCUCCAGGGCCAAUAGGCUCCACAGAGCUCAUUGGAGAGGCAGGAGAGAAAGGUCAGAUAGGGUACCCUGGCCCAAGAGGAAGACCAGGCGACAAAGGUGACCAAGGUCAGUGUGCUUGUAGUGUGGAGGGGGCUGCUCCUGCUGGCCCUUGGGGUCCUGCUGGAACCCCAGGCCAUCCAGGCAUAAAUGGAGUGACUGGUGAGCUGGGAGAUGAAGGACCACCAGGGCCUUUUGGAGGACCAGGGAUUCCAGGAGCGCCUGGUGCGGCUGGAGAUCAAGGCCCGAAAGGACAGAAGGGCGAACCCAUUUUCAUCUCCACCGUAACCACAAAAGGUCCCAAAGGAGAUCAGGGACUGCCGGGAUUAACAGGAUCACCUGGACAGCCUGGUAUUCCCGGAAAAGAUGGGAAAUCAGGCAGACAAGGAUAUCCAGGAAUCCCAGGCGAUGCUUGGGAAGGUUACCCUGGUGAUACAGGUAGCCCGGGUGUCCCAGGCAGAAAAGGAAUUGCGGGUAGACCUGGUCUGCCCGGUGUGGGCAUUCAAGGCCCUCAAGGAAGACCAGGGCCUCCUGGUGACUUUGGACCCGGUGGUACACCAGGAAUUCCAGGACUUCCAGGCCUCCCUGGAACUCCAGGUGACUGCGUUGAUAAACAGGAUAUCCUGCUGGUGGACAGCAAUGGCACAAGAUUCCAGCCAGCUAUUCCUUGUGGAAUUCCAGGACCUCCAGGACUGAGGGGACCACCUGGCUUACCUGGAGAUAAAGGUGUGAAAGGUCCACAAGGAUACCCAGGAUUAUCCCGACCAGGAUACCCAGGAAGGAAAGGUUAUGUCGGUGCUCCAGGACCAGGAAUUCCAGGGCCACCAGGUUUUGUUGGUCCCCGUGGAAAUCAAGGCUUGCCGGGUCCACCUGGGCCGCCUGGGAAUACUGGAUUCCCAGGACUAUCGGGAAGGCCAGGACUACCUGGUGAAAAAGGCUUACCUGGAGAUGCAAUUGGGGCAGUGCCAGGAUACCCAGGUGAACCAGGACAACCAGGACGACCAGGAUUCAAAGGAGAAAAAGGAGAUUCUGGAGGAAUUGGAUUCAAAGGUACAAAUGGAGUAUUGGGAUUGAAAGGUCGCAGAGGUGAAGAAGGAGAACCAGGGCUACUUGGCCCUGUAGGACUUUCUGGAGCGAGGGGACCACCUGGGCCUGACGGGCAGGAUGGGCUGCCAGGCUUACAAGGGAUAUCUGGUUUUCCAGGCUCCCAAGGUUCUCCAGGUCGCAAAGGGGAUCGUGGUGACCAAGGGACCCCAGGUCCAGCUGGAAUGAAAGGAUUGCCUGGAAUUCUUGGUAUACAGGGAUCCCCGGGAGAUGCAGGAUUCCCUGGAUCCCCUGGUCGUUUCGGACUGGAUGGUCUGCCAGGUCUUGAUGGCCUGAAAGGCCUGAAAGGUUCACCAGGAAUGGCGGGAUUCCCCGGUGUAAAGGGAGGUAAAGGUCGACCCGGCCUCACAGGCUUGAAGGGGGAUGCGGGAUUCUCUGGAAUUACAGGGAGCAACGGUCUGUUUGGAUCGAAGGGUAUUAAAGGUGACCGUGGAGAGACUGGGCCUCCAGGACCACCUCCACCUAUUGAACCUGCCAUGAUGGUGAGAGUGAAGGGGGAGAAGGGCGAUGAUGGCUUAUCUGGGGAACCUGGAUUUGUUGGUCCCAGAGGGUCGAAGGGGAUGCCAGGAUACCCAGGACAGCAAGGACAGCCUGGUCUCCCUGGAACACCAGGACAACAGAAAGGAUUUCCAGGAAUCCCAGGUGUGCCAGGAGAACUUGGAGGCAAAGGGAUGCCAGGAUCCCCUGGACCUCCAGGCAUUAGUGGUUUCCCUGGGAUGAUUGGUGAGAAGGGUGUCUCAGGAAAUAUCGGCCUGCCUGGAGCUCUCGGUUUCCCAGGCACACCAGGAUUGAAAGGUGAACUAGGAGAUACAAUGAACAUUCCAGGACGUCCCGGAUAUAAGGGAAAAAUUGGUGAUCCGGGAUUGAAAGGAGCAUCGGGUCCCCCUGGUCUACCAGGCACACGUGGACUUACAGGAGAACCAGGCAUAGAGGGCAUGAAAGGAUCUCCAGGUGAUCAGGGACUUACAGGUAAACAAGGCUCCCCUGGUUACCCUGGGUUAGUGGGAGACAGAGGAUCACGAGGUCCCACCGGCUCACCUGGUCCGAAGGGGUACAUGGGAUUUCCAGGAUAUCAAGGAUCUAAAGGUUUGAUUGGUCCUGAUGGUCUACCUGGUUUAGAUGGGUUAAAAGGAAACAAAGGCUUCCCAGGAUCCCCAGGUCUAAGUGGGAGAGGAUUUCCGGGUGAACCUGGUCACCAUGGUGAGAAAGGGGAGAAAGGAUUACCCAGCACCAAACAGGGGGAACCAGGCCUGCCAGGGGAAGUUGGUCCCAGGGGUGAUGUCGGUGAACCAGGCCUCGUUGGUACAAUGGGACCUCCUGGUGAUCCAGGACCCCUGAUUCCAUCGAACAAACCAGGAAAAGCAGGUGAUCCAGGCCCGAGAGGAAGUGAGGGUCCACAAGGUUACUCUGGCCGCCCAGGUCCCUCCGGCAGGUGGGGACAACCCGGAAUCAAGGGUGAGAAAGGGAUUCCAGGUGCACCUGGCUUCAGAGGAUCAACAAGGAUUUCUGGUGAUAAGGGAGCUUCUGGUCUUCCAGGUAUCAAUGGCAUUCCUGGAAAUAAAGGUCAAAGAGGUGACCAGGGUAUAAUGGGUUACCCUGGGAAAGCCGGACCACAAGGAGACCGUGGAGUUCCUGGAGAGAAAGGUUCAGUGGGUCUCGCUGGUUUAUUGGGAUUGCCCGGCCCACAGGGACCAGCCCCUCUUCCUCAACCAUUCUCUGCUCCGCGGGGGGCUAACGGCACUCCAGGACAUCCUGGGCGUCGUGGUUUUCCAGGAGACGCAGGUCCAAAGGGCAUUCGUGGCGAUGAAGGUGUGACAGGCCCUCCGGGUAAACCAGGAAUCCCCGGGCUCACCAGCUCCCCGGGGAAAAUGGGUCCCAGAGGUGAACCAGGUCCAGUCGGUCAACAAGGACCUUUGGGAUUUCCAGGUGCCCGUGGGAUCUCAGGAGUACGUGGGAUGGAAGGGAUGCCAGGCCGAAGCGUCAAUGUGGGAUACCUCUUGGUUAAACACAGUCAGUCGCAGGAAAUCCCACCCUGUCCACUGGGAAUGAACAAACUCUGGGAUGGAUACAGUCUGUUAUUUGUGGAAGGACAAGAAAAAGCUCACAAUCAAGAUCUGGGGUUAGCUGGAUCGUGUAUGCCAAGGUUCAGUACAAUGCCCUUUGUGUAUUGUAAUAUCAAUAACAUUUGCUACUUUGCAAGCCGAAAUGACAAGUCUUACUGGCUGUCUACCAACGCUCCGAUUCCAAUGAUGCCAGUUGCCAAUGCCGAAAUCAAACAGUACAUCAGCCGGUGCUCAGUCUGUGAGGCUCCCUCUCUGGCAGUCGCUGUUCACAGCCAAGACAUUACAAUCCCAAUGUGCCCCUCUGGGUGGCGCAGUCUGUGGAUUGGCUACUCUUUUCUCAUGCACACAGCUGCAGGCAGCGAAGGAGGUGGUCAGUCCUUGGUGUCACCUGGCAGCUGUCUGGAGGAUUUUCGAACCACUCCUUUUGUGGAAUGCAAUGGUGCCCGUGGCACGUGCCAUUACUUUGCCAAUAAGUACAGUUUCUGGCUAUCGACUGUUGACCCCAGCCAGCAGUUCAAGGAGCAGCCCAUACCUGACACUCUGAAAGCUGGACAGCUUCUAACCCGGGUCGGACGGUGCCAAGUCUGCAUGAAGAAUUUAUAACAAACACCACCCCCCCCCACCCCCACCCCCACCCCGCAAUAAAUAAUCACUCACUGCCACCCUCAGAAAUCCAUAGAGUGAAAGCAACAACGUGAUGGACAGGAAAAAACUGGCAAUCCACAUUAUUUUGAUCAAUUGCGCUGUCUUUGAGCUAGGAACCUCUAACACAGAUAAUACCUGACAAGCCAAUUACCCACUGGAGAGACCCUGGCCAGCACAUUUAACUUCAUUAAUGCACUCAAUUCAGCUUGUUCUCUUUAAGGCUUAGCACUAAAAAAAAUGUUGGCACCACUAAUCUAAUGCAACUCGAGGUUCACCAGCCAAACUCUGGCCACAGAAGUGCGGGGAUGAGAAAUUUCUGCAGAAUUCCAACUUUUUCAUGCAGCUGUGCCCCUUCGGAAUUUUUCCCAUUCUGGCCCAGAGAAGAUGUCCCUCCACUCCUACCUCUACUCCGCCACCUCUUACUCAUUUGCUGGGAUUGGGCAAGUGUAGAGGCUCUGCUUUGUGCAGCUGCCACUGCAGUGUGCGGCCUGUCUUCCUACACUGGGGCAUCGGGCUGGUGCUGCCUCCACUGCAGCAGACUGUAGCCAAGGCCUGGGAUUCAGGACGAGAGCAGAUGGAGCAGACUGCAGGCUAGGAUCCAGGCUGUGGCUGGGUGGGUGGAGGAGUGGGACAAGGAUGUUAGGAGCUCGCAGAACAGUCGAGCUUGCUCUGUGGCUCUGCUGAGCUAUCGGUAAGGUAGAAGCAGUGUGUCUUAAGGUGUCUGAUAGCUACAAUGAGGAGACUGGUUAAUGCAGUAUUAUACGUCUAUCCCAAGACAAUUCUAGACAUUACAAAAAAUGUAUUAUCAUUUACAUAGCAAAUAACACACAGUGCACAACUGUUCUCAUGCAUUCACAGUUUAUUAUUCUCAUUAGUCCUUGCACAUUUCAACCAGUCUUUACAUCGCGUAAAUCUCUUUGUAGUAUUUGUUCAUCUGGGUGAUGUUCCUUCUCUGGGGAGUGUUAGUCCUUUGUCACUUGUUUUUGUUGUUGCAGUACCUGUUGUUCUGUUUCUGGUGCUGUGGACCUCUGGGACUGAAGGUUGGUCUGUGUAGUUGAUGAAUUCACAGCUUCCUGCUUGGCUGCCUGCAGUGUCCAAACAGCUUCUCCAGUAGUGCCUGUGCUUGUGAUGGUGUAGUGGGUCGCUCACUUCCAUCACAUUGGCAGUUGCUCAACACGGGUCCCAAGUUGCCAAUUUGGCUGACUCUUGUUGAGCAUUGAAUGUUUGGACACUGUAGGUUUGGCAGUUUUGUGAAAAUGAAACGUGUCUUUUUGAAAUAUCAUUUUGAUUCUGUCACUUCCGUCUUCUAGUUUCAGUAGCUUUUAGUUUUAAACUGGUUAAGUAGUUUGGGUUUGGCUUGAGUGUUUCUACUGGAUAUCUUUCCAUUAAUAUGCAUCUCUACUCUGUAUGCUGGAUUUGCUUAAUUUCUUUAUGAUUCCUUUGGGAAUUUUCACUGCUGCCUCAGCCUUUCCCUUUGACCUAGGGGGUAGUAUAGAGAUAAUAUAUUGUGCUAAAUUUCCUAAUCCUUGAUGAAGCGACUGAAUCCUUCACUCAAACUGAUGGCCGUUGUCACUGUUCACAAUGUUUGAAAUGCCCUAACAACCAAGUAUAAUAUUAGGCAUUAAAAGUCUCACGGUGGUCACGGGAGGUAGACUAGCUGACUUGAAAAAUCUCCACAAUAAAGAGUCCACCGCGACAAGAUAAUGAGUUUCUGGGAGAAUGAAGACAUCGACUCCCAGCUUCAUCCAUGGUCUGCCUGGGAACAUCUGUGUCACCAGCAGCUCUCUCAUUUGCUUAGCUUGGUACUCACCAGGCCAUACACAGGGCUGAUGUAGUCCUUGAUUUCAUUGCUUUUACUCAGGCAAUACAGCACCAUUAUUACCUUCCUCAGACUCAAUUCCUUGGUAACUUGUAUGUAUUUGCUUAAGCAUCAUUCCUGACAUUCCUUAGAGAUAAUGAUUCUAUUUCUUUUAUACAAUAGUCUGUCAAUUUAUUCCUCCAUUCCCAGUUUCUGUGACCACAAUUAGUGUCAUUUGUGUGUUCAGGCUGUCCUUCCAUCAGCUUUGUAUUGCAACAUUUGAAAGUUACAUCUUGUUGGGUAGUUUGCUUGACUUGAGUCAGACACCAUUGGAUUCAAUUUCAAAUUCAAUUAAUAACUUGCACAGCAAGUUGAGUUUCAACUUUGUUAGAUCUGUGGCAGAUCUAUCUACCCCAUCCUAAUAUCUCUAUGCUCUUUGUAGGGAGUGCAGCUUUUGUCAGCAUGUCAGAAAUUUACACCUGCUUCCCUUAAUUAUCAUCUGAGCCUUAUGGUACAUCUUCAUUACCAGAUUAAGUCUUUGCAGAAAUUUGCAACAGAUAGGAACAAAGUGAGGAAAAUGCUUUGGACUGGUCUGUGGUCAGGCAAGAUUAUCACACUGUCAGUUUGAGGUAUGUAUUGAUGAAAGUAUGCAUAAGCAAUGACAAGAGCCAGGCACUCUUUCUCAAUCUAAGUGUAGUAUCAUUUCAUUUUUGUUAAUGGACUGGAUGCAAACAGAAGCAAUUGUUCUCGCUGUAUUAAGGUGCUCUGCAUCCUGUCUCACUGGCAUCCAAUGACAAGAUGACCACCAUUUACAUCACUGUAUUUUAGCACUGGCACAGCCAUCACUCAUUAUUUGAGUCUAGUGAAUGCUGUUUCUUGUUCUGUGCCCCAGUUCCAACAUCAAUGAAAGUAACUCGCUGCGGUAGUUCAAAAUACAACAAAUUGGGUAAGAACUUUGUAAAUAGCUGACAAAUCCAAAGAAAAAGCUGCAUAACUUUUACAUCUGUGGGUCACCUCAUCACUACUACAGCUGUUGGGGAUCCAGAUAAAGAGGUUUGCUGUCAGUUCAUGAUCUUUGUGUUUGACUUUGGGCAUUGUUUUCUUUUGGGUCAAAUUUUUUUUCUUGUUCAGCUUCAGGUUCAUUUGAUGGACUCUGUCCAGAAGUUACAGUAGCUUCUUCCCUUGUGUCUUGGAAUCCAUAACCGAGCAGAUCAGUGAUGUCGCUUCCAUUCUGAGCAGAUUCACAAACAGCAAUCUAUUGCUGUGUUGAUACUUUUCUGGAGCUAUGGAAACACUAAAAGAUAUAUGCAGUCAUCUAUCUGUCCCAGAAUGUCAUUAGAAAACUUUAAUGACUACUCCUUUCUUGUUUCUGACUUUCCAGUCAAUCGUGAAGACAAUUCGAGCAUCCUACGGAAGAGGCUAAAUUAGUCUUACGCUGUCAUUUAUUCCAUGAUAAUAUUCUUUUGGAACUCAACUGAAAGCUAAAUCUUCAGCUAAUAUUGCUCCUGUAUCUGUUUAUGUACUUCUUUCAAUACGAUUCAGCUUCUCGCAAUGUGAGCAUUGCUAUCCCCGUGCUGAGUAUGCCUUGGUCUUACCUUUUUGCCUAUGAAUCUUUCCACCGAAAACACCUGACAGCAGAAUGCACCCCAAGCUGCACCUCCAUCUCCUACCUACUAACCUCAUCCCACCUCCUUGAUCUGUCCAUCUUCCCUGGACUGACCUAUCCCCUCCCUACCUCCCCAGCUAUACUCUCCUCUCCACCUAUCUUCUUUUCUCUCCAUCUUCGGUCCACCUCCCCCUCUCUAUUCCAGAACUCUCACCCCAUCCCCCUCUCUGAUGAAGGGUCUAGGCCUGAAACGUCAGCUUUUGUGCUCCUGAGAUGCUGCUGGGCCUGCUGUGUUCAUCUAGCCUCACAUUUUAUUAUCUAUAGCAGAAUGCAAGUACUGGUCAUUCUACCAUGAAUAUUCUCUUGCUGCUGAUUUACAAUCUCAGUGCUUCUGCACUUGUGCAUCCUUUUCGUUAGAGACUGUUUAUCCUCUCGCAAGAGACAUGCUCUCACUGCAGGAUAUUUUAUGCUUGACAGAAUCUUGUUUUCUAGUAUGUCAUCAUUUAAAUACACAGUCACUGUGCUGGUAUUUGUGGUUUUAUAAAUGCACAGUGGCUGUAACACAAUUAAUGAAUAGUGGACACUGUUUAGAUAACAUACUUUUUGCUAUACCUGUACAGCAAUUUUCUAUAGCAUGAGAUCACACAAGAAUUUAACUAUCACAUUAUAGGAGAACUGGGGCGGAAUAGUGGUUAGCACUGCUGCCUCACAGCACCAGGGACCCAGGUUCAAUUCCAGCCUCGGGAGUUUGCACAUUCUCCCCACGUCUGUGUGGGUUUCCUGCGAUAGGAUUAGGGAUAGUCCAAAGAUGUGCAGGUUAGGUGGAUUGGCUAUGCUAAAUUGGCCCUAGUGUUCAGGGAUGCAUGGGUUACAGUCAAAUGGUUUUGGGGGGGGGGGGGGGUGCUCUGAGGGUGAGUGUGGACUUGACGGGCCAAAAGGGCCUGUUUCCACACUGUAGGGAAUCUGACUACCUGCAAGCUGCAUUAUUGCCGUCUUCUAUCAAUCAAUGAAUUCCUUUGGACCUUGGGCUCUAAAAUCAAGCAUAUAUCAUUUUUAAGUUACAAUCAUUUGCUGACUCAAAGCAUACCGUCAAGACUUCAAAAAUUUGUCUCCGCCACCAUUCCCCAUUCUUUGGCAAAAUUUACAUUGAUAGACACUUUGAAACUUUUCUUCAAUAACCCACACAACCCUGUGACAAAUGUGUAACUACUCUUAGUUCUCACUUGUUAAUUAAAUCUGUCACUUCUUCAUUGAAUUGAAUUUUUCCACUUGUAGUUUCACAUCAUUUUGACUGGGCCUAGGAGAGGAAUGUCUGUAACCAUUGUACCUUUUCCAGUAAUUCAGUGAUAGCCUGUUUCUUCAUUCCUGUUUAUGGAACUGUGGUUAUUAGCAGCUUUUGGAAAUUCUGAACAUUCCUGUGGUCCACUUUUAGUAGCUGUGCUUCUGAACAGUUCUUCCUCUGACACUUUGAGAGCUCUCAAACUUGUCAAGUGUUUUUAUUGAACUAGCUGUCAGAUGGGUGCCUUGUGGUAGCCAUCACAUGAUUACAGAAAGCCUGAAGGCCUGUUAGUACAGUUUUACACGUCGAGACUAGAAGAGGAAGUAGGAAUGGGACCAAGGCCUGGCAUUUACACAUGGUGGGGCAGGGCAAAAAAGAGCUUGGUUGAGGGCUCAGCUAUGUUGCCAAGGUGGGUAGCAGUAGGGCUGAGAUCCAGGAGAAUCACCACCCUCCUGUAAUCAGUCAAUAUUUCCUAAAAGGCUCGCAAUGGGAAUCUUACAUUUGAAAUGUUUCUUCUUUACCCACCAGCAUUAGUGCUGCCUUUCCAUUGUAGCCCAUAGCGGGGGAAGAGAGGAGUAUUAGAGAUAGCCAGGUUUGUGGAGUUUGCAGGGCGGGGGGGGGGGGGGAAA